AUGAAAUUCUCCUCCAAAAUUCUACAACACCCAAACGUCCCGUGGACCUUGUGGUAUAACCACCAACACCCUCUUGGCAUUGCUACAAAAACUACACGACCCUCCUUUUUAUGGAAGAUUAUCAACAACAACUUGCCACUGCUAAUUGAACACUCCUUCGUGAUCACAUAUAAUGGUCUCUCCACCUUCUUCUGGCUUGAUAAAUGGCUUCUCCACUCACCACUACAAAAAGUUUUCCCAAACCUAUACUCACACUCCAUUGAUGACAAGGUGUUAGUGGCUACUAUUUGGCAAACCAGCUUAUUGACGAACCUGCGGAACCGUCUGUCUAAUGUUGCGGCUCGCGAGUUGGAUUGGGUGUUGUUGUUGUUGCAGGACUUUCAGCAGGUGGACCAACCGGACGAACGGUCUCUCACCCAUGGCCUGUCGUUCUCUGCCAAGAAUGCCUACUCCUCCAUAGUAGCUGAAGAUUCAACCGACCCACACCAUGAUCUAGUUUGGGCCUCCAAAUUCCCAAUCAAAGUCAAGGUCUUCGCAUGGCUCCUCCUCCGUGAUUGA